AUGAGCAGCCCAUUCGGUGGUUCGGAGAUGUCCACAUGGACGGGAGGUUUGGACAGGACCAGCUUCUGGCUCGUAGGAAUCUGCUGCUUCAUUCUCCUGGGACUUGGCUUAGUAGUCGUGCUCGCUACUUUCGUUGGGAACGUCGACGUGGAUGAUGCCGAUACGGACGAGCAGAGUGGCGGCGGUGGUAGCGGCGGUGGCGGCGGCGGUGGCGGUAGCGGCGGUGGUGGUAGCGGUGGUAGCAGUGGCGGUGGCAGUGGCGGCGGGCAGCCUUCCAUCAUAGUAAUCCCAAAGACUACUCCAGUGGUGCCGAAGCGACCAGAUCUGUCCACUCCCGCUGGGGUGAACACGAAGGUGACCCCACCCCCACGCCCGGUCCCGCCGCUUCUGUGCUCGGUGGGCACGAUUGCGACAGCCGUCAAGACGCUGUUGCCUCCGGACGGUGACUGCGACAUCCUGAUGUUCGCACACGUACAUGUUGUCAACCAAACUGUGCAUUCGCUCGUCAGCGAUAUGAGCUUGAGGACGUUCGAGGCGACCUGCGCCAGCUACACUCAAACAACAUGUGGCCUGUCCUUCUCCAUAUGGAUGCUCAAAAAUGACACGUUCAGCGACUUGGUAGUCCAGGACACUUUGAAAGACUUACAGAAACGCAACAACAUCAACCACCUCGGCAUCCUGGACCUUCAAGGCACAAGGGAGGAGAUCGACAUGGCGGGUGUAACAAUAGUGCCAGCUGUACUUGCCGCUAUGCGGCAUCACCUAGGACAUAACUCCGAGGAGAACAAGAUCGUUCUCGGCUUGGGUUACUACUACUACGACCACCCAGAGGCCUGGAGUCAACUUUCAAGGACCGGCUUGUCACUCUCGGCGAAAGACGUCGACGUGCUCGUAGUGAUCAGCACAGUUGUGUCAAUCCCCUCCCAGAGCUGGUGCAUGACGUUGCCCUCGAACGCCCUCAUGAGUGAAGAUAGACACGCUCCAAAUAUGGAGGGUGCAUCCAUUAUGGCAAGGGACACGUUUGGGAAGAGCAGUGUGAUCGUCGCCUUUGGCUUGCAAAUGGGCGUGAUCACAUACACAAUGACUGACACUCACGACCGUGCCAACGACGCCCUGUACAAGAACUGCACCGGCUUCGGCAUCACCGAUUACUCACAGGCGAGUGGCACCAGGGACGCUUAG